CUUCAUAACCCUCGACAGGAGUAGACACCAUGGCGAGGAGCACAGCUCACUACGCCGCCCUCCCGACCCGUCAGCCCGCAGCAGACACAGAUCGCGAGCUCGAAGACGCCUUCGGCCCCGAGGAGGACGAGGACGAGGACCUCUCAGACGCAGAGGAGAACACCCCCCUCGCCCUGUACGCCAACCGUGACCACCACCGCCCCUCGCCCUCCCUCUCCCAGCCCCACAGCACCAAUAGCACCAGCACCAUCACCACCCCCUCAGCACACGCCCGCACAGCAUCCGUGCCAGGCACCUACGACUUCGAGCGCGACUACGAAUACGACCGGCCCCCACCCGGAUCGCCCCCGCGCCCGUCCGCCCACGCCAUCCCGAACGACUGGGGCAACUCCAACGGCAUCCUCCCCACAUCGCCCGUCGCCCCCUUGCCCCCGCGGCAGGGCUUCUUCCGCCGCGCGGUCGGCGCAGUGGGCGCUGUCCUGCCCACGCACUACGCCCGUGUGCCAACAAACGAGCCCGGCGCCGACCCAGGCGGGCCAAUGAUCGCUUUAGCAGGCGUGCACGGCGGCGGGGCAGAGAACGACGGUGUGUUUGCGAACGUGUCUGCGAAGCCGACGAGGCCGAGCACGGUGCGGGUCGUGGGCGAGGACGGGAACAUACAUAUGGUCCCCGAGGAGACGCAGAGCACCGCGCCGCCUUCCUACGCAGCCGCACAAGCUGACGCCGCCCCUCCCUACUGGGAAACGACCGUCCACGCACCCGCAGGGCUCGACGGCGACGGCGGCCUCGUAAUCGAAGACCUGCCCUCGGGCACACUCUUCGCGUUCGGCGCGAACCUCUUCACAUCUUUCUUCUUCCAGUUCGUCGGCUUCAUCCUCACGUACCUCCUGCACACCUCGCACGCCGCCAAGUACGGCUCGCGCGCCGGGCUCGGGCUCACGCUCAUCCAGUACGGCUUCUAUUCGCGCGGGAACAACGGGUACGCUGGCGGGGAGGACGGGGUGGCGUAUAAUGAUGAGACGUCGUUGCUGGGGGGGAGGAGGGGGCGGGGAGGUCCGACGCCUACAGCGGACAUCCCGAGUCCCGGCUCUGAACCGCUCGGCGGGCUCACGUCGCGCGAGUGGGCGUCGUUCCUCCUCAUGACACUCGGCUGGUUCCUCCUCCUCUCCUCCCUCAUCGGCUUCUGGCGCAUCAAACACUGGGAACGCGCGCUCCGCCAGGCGCAUGCACGCGGCCCGCCCACGUCCGAGGAGGUCGCGCACGACGCGCAGAUCCGGCGCAAUCUCGCGGAAGUGUUUGGGCUCAACUCCGGCUCGCCCGAGGACGAGGUCGACGGCGAGCCUGUGCCGCCGACGGCGCAUCGCAGGUCGGGGUCGCGCAGGAGCGGGAGACGGAGUAGGAGUGGUGGUGGCAGCGGCGCCGUGGGUGUUGCUGCGGCCGAGGGUGCGGGUGGUGCAGGUGAUACAGGAGGAAGCCCGGGCGUGAUGCGGCAUUUGACGACGCGCGAGGCGGCGGAGGCGGCUGAUGCACGGCUCGCCGAGGAUUUGCGUGCCGCUGGUCUUCUUUAAUCGUCACAGACCAGUUGCGCCGUGCUGGUCCUUGAUGCGUUCUGUACUUGUAGAUAUAUUAUUGUGUGCUGCUCUGACUGGGUUAUGUUCUUUGGAAGCUAUUCUCAAUGGACUUUGCAACUAUUCGAGGAUGUGUAUAAACCCUCGACAUUAUCCUUACAUGCUUGCAUACACUCCUGGACAAGUCUCAUUCUUCAUGGUGUAGCUGUGACAUCGCGCGACACUCUUAGUAUCUCGUAACCAUAACACAAUUGAUGUAUAACGUGGAAGACAGCCCCAAGCC